AAGGCAGACGACGUUUCUGGUUGUGGAUUGGUCCUGUCACUGUGUCUGCUUCUCCUUUUGGUUAGAGAGAGAGAGAGAGAGAGAGAGAGAGGGAGAUGGGUGGAUGUUUUCCUGGAAUGGAUGAGCUGGAAGCCUUCUUAAUGCAGGAUGAAGAGGCGGCGCCACUCAGCUUUCCCCCGGCGAUUGCAGAAUCCGGCAACAUCGGAAAAUCGAGAAUAAGCUUUGAUGAGUUGUGGGAUCUCCAGUCUCAGGAGGCCCAAGGGUUUGAUGAUCAACUAGGGUAUGUGGAGCAGCAACAACAGGAGGAAAUGGAAGAACUGGAGGAUGAAGAAGAACUAGAAACUGGUGGUGAUGAUAAGAAGAAAAAUAAGGGGAGUAGAAGUAGAAAUUUUGUAUUUGAAAGAAACAGAAGGAAGAGAUUGAAUCAACAGCUGAUGACUUUGAGGUCUCUUGUCCCUAACAUAACAAAGAUGGAUAAACGAUCUAUUCUAGUAGAUGCACAAGCUUAUCUUCAGAAUGUAUUGCAAGAGACAGAGAAAGAGUUGGAAAAAACCAGCUUAUCCUCAUCCUCCACUGCUUCUUCUGGGGAGUCAUCUUCUAUUACCCUUGAGGAUGAUGAAACUCCACCAUUAAUGGAAGCUUCUACAAAGGGUUAUGAUCGUAACGCAGCUCUGCCAACUAUAUCUAAGAUUGAAGCAUAUAUGAUGGAAAAAGAGAGAUUUCUAUUAAAGAUCCGUUGCAACAAGGCAAUGGGAGCAGUGGGUCUGGUGCAAAGGGCAAUAGAAAUGCUGGGCUUACAAAUUACAUGUUCUUCAAUUGAUGAGCUUGAUCAUGCCAACAUGUUGAUUACUACUUUCCUCCGUGUAUGUAUGGUUAAGAAAAAGGAUGGUGAGACCCAAGAAAAGCUAUUGCAUCAGGUGAGAACAAAUGCUGGAAAGUUGGGUCUUGUGCUUCAUCAUGAGGAUUCCUAGCUGUUACAUCUGAAGCAAAUUAUAAAUUUCAUAAUGCCUAGAUCCUUCUAUAAUCCCAUUUGCUUCUCAAUGAUUUCCAGCGGCGACUCUUGAAGGACUCUAACAUAGGUAUCGAAUCUUAUAUUUCGAUAUCAAGUAUGGUGUACUACUAUUUUAACAGUUUUGAUCCAAAUAUCUUAUACUCUGACAAUUGAUCAUUAAUUCAUGAAGCAAUUGGCCGGA